AUGCGGUCCGUGUACGCACUCUCAUUAUUAGUCCCGCUGGGCUGUUUCAAGCUCAGUCUGGCGGAAUUUGUCCUAACCAUGCCAUGGGUAGGCUUUGCAGGCUCAAGCAACUACUGGCAGGAUUAUGAGGGACGCGUGAUAGGUGAAAACGGGGACACGACGACGCUCGAUCCAGACGCGACAUUGAUCGCUGCUCCCAGCUCCUACGACCUCAUCAUGAGCAACAAUUUUCAUUAUACAAGCACCGGGUGCACCUUUACAGGCUCUCCCACACCCACCACCGCCACUUGCUCGUACAGCCAGUCAUGGCACAUUCGCUCUUCCACCGUGACUCGUGAUAGGACAUUUGUUCUCCCUGGAACCGAGAUUAGGGAAAUCGUGUCGGCUACCUUGACUGUGGCAGGGACAGGUCCAUUCCCUACUGGCACUGCGGCGACUGCUACUGCAGCUACAACGAACAAAACGACGAGCUCUACUGCAGGUGCGACCGUAGCAGGCACUUUCCCCACGAGCACGACAGCCUCUGGAAACGUCGCAGGUAGAACAAUGGCGCCGAUGAUGCUGGUGGGUGCGGUGAUGGCCGGUAUGGUGGUGCGAGCAUAA